CCGGGUGCCGCGGGGCCUGGCGCGGCAGGUGAGGACUGCAGCCGGAGGCUCCGGGAGGGCCCAGGGGGGAGUCGGGGGCCCGGCCCGCGCGGCGGCGGCGGCGGGGGCUCUUGUGCAGCCUUGUGGUUUGACCCAGCAGGAAGAAAUGGUGUGAUCAUUCACUAUCCAGACUUGAAGGCCAGAGGCUAGGAGGAGGUCCGGGAGAACAUGGCGUGGCCAGACCUCUUCCACAGAGGCGCUCUCCUGUCCCGGCUCAGCCACCACCACGUCGCCGUGUUCCUGCUCACCUUCUUCAGUUACUCGUUGCUCCAUGCCUCAAGGAAGACAUUUAGCAAUGUCAAAGUCAGCAUCUCCAAGCAGUGGACCCCGACUGCGCUCAACAGAUCCGUUGAACCUGCAGAGAUCUGGAGCCGCAACCGUUUGUUUCCCGGCGCCGAGGAAGCCACUCUUUUCCUCGGGACCCUGGACACUCUUUUCCUCUUCUCCUAUGCCGUGGGCCUUUUCAUCAGCGGUAUUGUUGGGGAUCGGCUUAAUUUACGAUGUGUUCUGUCUUUUGGCAUGUGCUCCUCUGCAUUAGUGGUGUUUGUCUUUGGCACGGUCACGGAAUGGCUGCAUUUCUACAACAAGUGGCUGUACUGCUGCCUGUGGAUCGUGAACGGCCUGCUGCAGUCCACGGGGUGGCCCUGCGUGGUCGCCGUCAUGGGCAACUGGUUUGGGAAAGCUGGGCGAGGAGUGGUGUUUGGUCUCUGGAGCGCCUGUGCUUCGGUGGGCAACAUUCUGGGAGCAUGCCUCGCCUCUUCUGUCCUGCAGUAUGGUUACGAGUAUGCCUUUCUGGUGACGGCCGCUGUGCAGUUUGCUGGUGGGAUCGUCAUCUUCUUUGGACUCCUGGUGUCACCUGAAGAAAUUGGUCUCCCUGGCAUCGAAGCAGAAGAAAAUUUUGAAGAAGACUCGCACAGGCCAUUAAUUAGCGGUGCUGAAAACGAAGAUGAAUAUGAGGCUAAUUAUUCAAUCCAAGAAGGCAGCACUGUCACCCCCAUCCAGGCAAUAAGCUUUCACCAGGCCUGCUGCCUCCCUGGAGUCAUACCGUACUCGCUGGCCUAUGCCUGCCUGAAGUUAGUGAACUACUCCUUCUUCUUCUGGUUGCCCUUCUACCUGAGCAACAACUUUGGAUGGAAGGAGGCUGAAGCUGACAAGCUGUCCAUUUGGUACGACGUUGGAGGGAUUAUAGGUGGGACUCUGCAAGGCUUCAUCUCCGACAUCUUACAGAAGAGAGCGCCGGUCCUGGCGCUGAGUCUGCUUCUGGCCGUUGUGUCCCUGGUUGGGUACAGUCGUUCUCCGAACGAUAAGUCCAUUAAUGCUCUUCUGAUGGCUGUCACAGGAUUUUUUAUUGGUGGACCUUCUAAUAUGAUUAGCUCAGCUAUUUCUGCCGACCUGGGUCGCCAGGAGCUGAUCCAAGGGAGCAGUGAGGCUUUGGCGACUGUCACAGGGAUUGUUGACGGAACCGGGAGCAUUGGAGCUGCCGUGGGCCAGUAUUUGGUGUCUUUGAUCCAGGACAACCUGGGAUGGAUGUGGGUUUUCUACUUCUUCAUUCUCAUGACGAGUUGCACCGUUCUGUUUAUCUCGCCGCUAAUAGUGAGGGAGACGUGCUCUCUCGUGCAAAGGCGACAGGCUCGAGUGCUGAGUGAGUGACUGUGCCCACAAAAGACCAAGAAUGAUGGGAGACACGUCAGAACUGUUAUUUCUUUUAAUUCGUCCUUUUUGGGGUUGUCUCAGGGGAGCCGGCCCAACCUCAGCCAGCCAAGCCCCCCCCGUUCAGCAGCGUGGCCCCUGCAUGCUGAGCGGACUGGGGCCGGGGCGCUUUGCUGCACACACUACAGGAACUGCCGCUGAUGCACUCCAGUGUCGUUUCGCGGAUGCACAGGUGGCCUGUGAACCCGCCGGUGUCCUCACUGGGCCUGUUGAGGUUCAUCCCUUUAACCUGAAAGGCUGGAUCGGACUUUGACCCUUGUUCCCCAGCCUGGGAAGCUGCGUGAUCACGAGGCAGGCGUGCAAGGUUUAUAGCAAUACAAAGACUCGUUGCAUUUUGCUUUGGAGAUGAGUUUGGAAAUGAGGCUCAUCUUGGAAGCCUGUAAUCCUGACAAGGUGCUCCAGCUGGAUCCUCAUAAGCCCGCUGUGGAUCAAGAAGGCCUUUGUGACCCAAGUGGGGAAGAUCACACUACACACAGAAGCAAAAAUAGCGUCAAAUUGUUGUCGGCUUGUUUCCCGUCUUCAUUCAAAACCGCCUGACUCUGGAAAGAGUUCAGCCACCCUUUCAAGGGCCACAGUGUGUCCGCUGUGAACGUGCCAGCGUGUGUCCCACGGCCGAUGCGCUUGGCCCCGAUUUGCUGCCUGAGGCCCUCCCCCCCGGAAGCCCCUCUGCUCAGCCUUAUUUCCUGGGGGUUGAUCUCGGCUGCAGCCGGGUUCCUUGAGUUACCUCAGCAGAGGACUAAAAUUGGAGAAAAGGAAAGACCUGGUGUCCUAGUAAGUAAUUCAGGUGUGUGACACUGAAUCACAGUAAUGCGUUACUGGGGCUUGAGGUACCUGUUCCUUAGACGUUUGCAGAGUUUACAUCUUCAGGGCUGUGAAUUCUAUACCAUGAGAGGGGACCCAGAAAUCCCAGGAUUUAUUGUAAGGAAUUGUGUAUUCAUUCUUACAUGUUUAAACCCCGGUCACCUUCAGAGUACCCUCCAUUUGACACAAUACACCUGUCGAGACUUUUUUCCCACUGUUCAAAACAGUCUUUGAAUGCAUUGAUUUUGAUGCUUUCCAGUGUUCCUGCCGUUUUUGUUUCACCUGUUCCACAUCGGCAAAACAUUUCCCUUUGAGGAC